AUGGAGCGCAAGCACGUCUGCAUCUUGCCGAAAGGCAUGCAGCUCGAAGUGGGCGACCCUGCCUCGUCGACUGGAUCGCGCUUCCUGCGCCUGCCGCACCCUCGUACCCACCACCCUGCCCUGUUCCUCCCUUACUCGCGGACUGGUUCUGCUGCGCUGGACGGCCUGCUCGAGGUUCAGAAGAUCGAGCUGGAUGCGGACAAACAACGAUGCUGGUUCAUCGAGGAGGAAGUCGCGUCCGACGGCUCCCUCACCCUCUUCUCCCCCAUCGACCCAAUCUACCUCACGAUCUCCUACCUCUCCGCUCUCCCCUCGCGCUUCCAAAGCUACCCCGACCUAUGGGAAUCGAUCGCGCAACAUCGGUUCGAAGUGCAGGGUUCGAAGAAGGAGGAAGGCGGGAAGGAAGAUGAGGGGGCGGAGUUCGCAGAGGAUUUGGGGAGGUUGGGAGCGAUGGAGGGGGUGCAGGAGAGGCUGAGGACGGUGUGCGAGACGCAGGAACACGAGUCAACAACUCUCUACCGACUCUCUCAACCUCUCGUUCUCUCUUUCCUUCGCUCGAGGGUCGACUCACUCGUUGACCCAGUCCACGGUAUCUUCGGACCUCUCGAGGCGACCGAGCCUGGGGAGGAGGUCAAGCCCAAGGCGGAUGAGGCGGGCGAUGCUGGAGUGGAGGUAGAGAAGUUUUCGACUGUGAGGAGGGGAAUGGCGAAGGAGGACGUUGGAAGCGGGCAUGGGUUGAGCGAGCAGAUCCAGACUGAGUCGCGGCAGAAGUACGCCAUCGGCAUUCUGGCGAACUACCUCCCGCCUUCCGUUACAAAGGCUCUUCUCCCUUCGUACUCCUUCUCGGCGCUGGACGCCCACCUCUCAACCACGACCAACUCGUCCGUCCUCAACUCGACCUACCUGCCCGGCCGCGGCGCCGCAAAACUCGAAGCCUCCUUCUCCGGCGAGCUGGGCGGCGGUGCGGCAGCGAAGAAGCGCAAGGCUGAGCAGUCCAAGGGCAGUAGGGGUGUCGAGGCGCUCAAGAAGGUCAACACCAAGGGGAUGAAGAGCUUGAAGGACUUGUUUGGGAAACAGUCGCAGAAGGCGGUGAAGAAGGUUGAGGAGCCGGCGGAGGAGAACGAGGAGGAGGAGAGGCCGGCGAAGAAGAAGCGGAAGGUGUGA